GAUGGCACAACGAUGACGGGAAUCGCUCGGGGGGCUGGCAGCGUGGAGGUGAUAUUUAAUGCAAGGCAUCUUUUGUUACCGCGAUAUGAUUUACAGCAGGCGUCAGCUGCGUGGUCCCACUCAGGGGAGGGAAGAAAAAAAAAAAGAAUAAUAAUAAAAAAUAAAGAGAAAUCAGAGAAGAAUAAGCACAAGGAGCAAAACAGCGGCUUCGCAUCCAGCAUCGUUCGGGACAUUCAUUAAUUUCACAUGAACACACGUUCACCUUACGUAACCUACAAACGCACCAGUGGACCCUGGUCCCUGUUAUUGCCGGGGAAUAGCGUAUGCACUUGCCGCUGCAGGUUUAGAUGAGGGCUCGUGUGCCUGGAUUUCAUUGGGCGAUGCGGUACCUCGAGGGUGUUAAUGCGGUUGCCGUGUUGUAAACAAAUAAAAAAAAAUAAUAAUUAAAAAUAAAUUGUCGGAGAGGGAGGUUUGUCUCGUUAUUUUUAGGGUCCUCCCCUGGAAAUGGAGCGCGAGACAGUGAGUAAUUUUCUAAUUGGCUUGAACUGUGCCGAGCUUUUCCACAUUGCUGCUGCUUCUUCUUCUCUCCCCCCCCGAUCAGCCAUGAGGACAGGACAAGUCCCAUCCGAGACGCGGGGGGGGGCGUCUAUUUACAGCCGAGGCGUUCACAUGUCACGUCUGCGAUAGAUAGAUAGCCAACAACAAUAGCUUCCAUAUUCCUCAUCAGCGUCACGUCAGCAUUAAUCGAUACAAUAUGACGCGAUUAUUGGUAAAAGACCCCCCAGGUGUCUGAUCACACACUGCCCAGCCAGCCUCAGCUGAAGGAAGAAACUGAUGAAUCAUGUAUUGAUCUUAUGUCUCUCGCCGCUCAGAUGAGAAUGUGUUUCGGCUGACGGUAACCUCGGGUGACCUGACAGCAUAUAGGCUACACGCUGGUGUGUGUUUGUGCCUCUACCCCCCCUCCAGCCUCGAUCUCCACCGGCUUCCCCGCACCGUGAACACACGCGACGAAGCGAUGCCCCAGCAGCAGAGGGAGGACCCGUCUCCGACCCGCCGCCUCGGCCUGGCAUCGCGCCGCCUCCAGACACCGAAGCCCGGCCACGACUUCCCAUGAGGCCACCACUAGAACUCAGCUCGACCGCUCUGUAUGGGGCCUCUCACAUAUGAAUUGACAUGGAGGAUGAAGAUGGGACUUGUCUACUUGAUGUUUUGUGUGACCCCCAAGCCCUGAAUGACUUCCUUCAUGGGACCAAUGAGCUGCAGACUGAAGACCUGCUCAUUAACUCCUCCUCUGGGGAGCCUUCCCUCUUCGCAGAUGCCCCGAGCCCCGUCUCUCUGCUGGGAGACGGCAGGGGUUCCCCAGACACACCUCCACCUGGGUGUGUGGAUCUGUCCUUCCUGGAGGAGGCCCUCCUGUCAUCGCCGGAGGGUGGAGAAGACCCGCAGUUGGUGCAGGCUGGGACACCUGUGGAGGCUGGAUUUGAGGCAAGGAAGGGAAAGGAGGAGGAAGAGGAGGAGGAGGAGGAGGAGGAGGAGGAAGCGGAGGAGGCAGAGGUGGCAUGUGAUAUCCUCCAGCAGAGCCUGCAGGAGGCUGAGAUCACAGAGCAGACCAUGGCUCUGGAGGCAGGUCUGGCCCAGCCUGGGGACAGCCUGUCCCUGUACUCACCUGCCCCUCUCCUCUCUCCACCCACCGUACCAUACAUGCCCAAGUCUGUGACUUUGCCCAUCAGAGACACCCAGGCAGCAGUGGAGCCUCCCCAGCCCUCCCUCCUGGCUGUUGGGCCGGGCUGCCCUUCUCUAAAACCUGCUGCCCCUCCUCAGCUGAUGGGGCUCCUGCCUGGAAACGUGUUCCCUGCUGCUUCUCCAGAGACCUCCUUCUCUCUGAGUCCCGCCCAGGCUUCCAGUAUGAUCAUCCAUCACAAGGCUGUUCCCAGCGUGACCAGUCGUCCUCUUAUCACCCCAACCCUGAGAACAGCAGCGGCGGCGGCGGCGGCACCGGGCAUCGUCCUGCAGCGUGCCCCUCUUCACAUCCAACCCAAGCUGCCUAUCAGCAUUCAGCCCAGGCUGGUUCAAAUUAGCCCCAAGCCUUCUGGGCAAAAACACACUCCAGGUCUUACGUUUGUCCCUGGGACUGCCUCACCAAAUAUUUUACUGUCCCAACCUCCGGGCCAGAAGCCUGCAGCUCCGCCGCCGCAGCCCAGCCAGCAGCUCCCCAAACCGGUCAGCCUGCAGCUGGUCAACCAGGGCGGCUCCUUCGUGCUCCAGCCUCAGGGACUCUUCCAGGGCCAAAAUCAGUUCCUUCUUCCAGGCCAGUCCCCCGUAACCAUCUCCCAGCCUGCUGGCGCAGCUCGACCGCUGCUGACCCCCAGUCACCGUGGCCCGUCGCUCCACGCCGUGAACCCCUCCACUGGGCAGCUCGUAGAAGGCUCUCAGAUCCUGACCGUGCCCCAGAGACAGCUCAACUUCAGCCCUGUCUUCACCACCUCUUCGGGGCAGCUAGCGCUCCGCCAGGCCACUGUGCUGUCAGGACCUUUGCAGCUGCAGUCAGCGCCCCCUACCGUCUUCCAGAUGCCAGCACAGCUGGCUGGAACCUACACUCCAGGAGGGCAGGGGCAGCGCACCACCCUGGUCCACAGUCCCGCUCUCGGGAACCACAUUACGCUGAUCAACAGUUCAGGGGUGCUUCCCCCAGAUCUCACUUCCAUCUCGAUCGUGAACGGCCCCUCGGUAGUUCAGGGCCUGCCCUUUGCUGCCCAGACCCCGGCUCCUCACGCAGGAGGGACAGAAGGACAGCUGAGCCUCCAGCAGGCCUCUGUGGUGCUGCUGCCAGAAAGAGCCAUGCAAGAGGAGAGGAGCGGCUCAGAGGAGACCUUCCACCACCUCCCACAGCCCUAUGGACAUGUCCUCCAGCAUGUGUCGGUGCAGCCCACCUCUGCGCGGCUGCAGUCCUCCUCUCCUCCUGUAGUCACAGUCCUGCAGCCUCCCCCUGAACCACCUCUGGCUCCCGAUCCAGCUGUGGAAAUCCCCAAACUUCUGCUGCCCCCAGCAGACAUGACCCAAGUAGUGGAGGAGGUGACCCACUCACUGAGUCAGAACGAGGCCUUUAUGCAACAUCUGCAACAGCAAGCACUUAGUUCUCCUAUCACAUCUGAGCUGUUGGCUGGAGCGCUGCCAGCGGUGCCCAUGGAGUCGCUUGCGUCCCCGGUGGCCAGUGAGAGAGAGACUCAACCACGGACCCAUGCAGUCUCUGGUCUGGACGCCCGCACUGUGAUGUCCGACCAGUGCGUCCAGGCUUCUCCGCUUCACUCCGACCCAGAGGACACGCCGCUCAUCUGCUCCCCCUCUCCCGUUCAGGACUCCGAGAGACCAGCUCCGCCAAGUUUCUCCCCUCACAUCACUCUGCCUGGACCUGAGAGUUCAGCUCCCCGGCCUCGCAUCGAGCCCCAAGUCCCUCUUCAGCUCCAAGUCCCACAGGCCUUAUUUGCCCAGAGCCAGGUGCAGCUCCAGUCUUCUGUCUCCCAGUCUCCAACCCAGCUCCAGCUCCAGUCGUCUGUCUCCCAGCCUCUGCCCCAGUCGUCUCUCUCCCAGUCUUUGCCCCAGCUCCAGUCGUCUCUCUCCCAGUCUUUGCCCCAGCUCCAGUCGUCUGUCUCCCAGCCUCUGCCCCAGUCGUCUCUCUCCCAGCCUCAGCCCCAGUCGUCUCUCUCCCAGUCUUUGCCCCAGCUCCAGUCGUCUCUCUCCCAGUCUUUGCCCCAGCUCCAGUCGUCUGUCUCCCAGCCUCAGCCCCAGUCGUCUCUCUCCCAGUCUUUGCCCCAGCUCCAGUCGUCUCUCUCCCAGUCUUUGCCCCAGCUCCAGUCGUCUGUCUCCCAGCCUCAGCCCCAGUCGUCUCUCUCCCAGUCUUUGCCCCAGCUCCAGUCGUCUCUCUCCCAGCCUUUGCCCCAGCUCCAGUCGUCUGUCUCCCAGCCUUUGCCCCAGCUCCAGUCGUCUGUCUCCCAGCCUUUGCCCCAGCUCCAGUCGUCUGUCUCCCAGCCUUUGCCCCAGCUCCAGUCGUCUGUCUCCCAGCCUUUGCCCCAGCUCCAGUCGUCUGUCUCCCAGCCUUUGCCCCAGUUCCAGUCGUCUGUCUCCCAGUCUUUGCCCCAGCUCCAGUCGUCUGUCUCCCAGCCUCCUCCUCAGCUCCAGCCCCAGCUCCAGUCGUCUGUCUCCCAGCCUCAGUCCUCGGUCAACGCUGCAGUCCACAGCAGUCCCUCCCCUCUGCGUGUCUCGGUGCCUCAGCAGCAGCCUGAUCCCACAGCUGCAUCUGCUAGUCUCUCCAAAGGAGGAGACCACUCUGCUGUCCAACAGCACACACAAAACAAGCCAACAGCUGCCUUGGUCGUGGAGAGUAAAGCGUUUACUCUCGAUGUCCAUCCACCCUCUCCUGCAGCCCAGGGUGUCCAGGCCCACGGGCCCCCAGCUCCCAGAGAGGGGGCCCCCACCCGGACGAGCCAGCACACCGGCACCAAGCUGGCAGGUGCUCCGGAGCAGCAGAGAGAGGAGAGGCUCACACCAGCAAUGCGCAGGCACAGGUUCCAGCAGCAGAUGUGUUUGGACCACGCGGCGGUUCAGACCCCCUUUUCCACCGGCCCGGCCUUUUCCACACUGAAGGACGCUGUACGCCGCCUGCUGCCAUACCACACCUGCGCCGGUCACCUGCCCACUCAGGAUGACUUCAAUUUAGUGGACCAGGAGUUUGACACGGUGUCCGGUUUCCUGCUGAAACGCACCAAGGACAUGGUCAACAAAUACAGGCAGCUACUGGUUAGAGAAGCCCAGCAGGAGAGUCCAUCAGCAGAGAUGGUGAUGCUGGAGCGUCUCUUCCUCCAGGCCGAGCGAUGCGCUUUAGCGGAGGACAGACGGAGAGUCCGCAGAGACCCGGAGUCCUUCAUGGCGGCCUUGGCAACAUCAGCGUCUUCCCCCCACGGUGCCCACUCUGCCGGUCCGUCCCAGCCGUGCUCCUCCGGCAGCCCCUCCUCUUCACCAGCCUGGACCAGACUGUCCGACCGGCCCCCGGGCCUGAAGACGUACCGCUCCAGCUGCCGCGGGGCUCUCAGGCUCACCAUCAAGCAGGAGUCCGGCUCCCGUAAGGUGGUUCACAACUCGGCCUGCGACCCGGGACUCAAGCGGGACCACGCGGGGCAGCUGACCAACGGCGGAGCCGCGAACCAACGCCACUCUCAGGCGCCCAACGGAGCCCCCCCCCGGUGUCCUCAGCACGACGAGGAGAUCUCCAACGGAGCUCUGCCUUGUAACGCUGCAGAGGGAGUCCCACAGACGGCGUCCAUUUCCAAAAUCAAAGCCCCGAACCCUCUUUUCAUGCCAGAGCCACAGGUCGGUUGCUUCGAGUUGCCUCCCAGAGAUGUCAGCGCCCCGAAACUUAAAUGCUACAGGUUGGAUGCGUCCCCUCGGCCGGAGCCGCCUCCCCUCCAAGAGGACAACAUGCUCAGUGAACAUCUACAGAGUGCCAUCGACAGCAUCCUGGAGCUUCAGCGCCUGCAGGGCCCCUCGGCAGCCCCUACCAGGGCCACGUCAGGCCCUUCACUGGACCAGGCUGUCACCAGCAUCCUGGAGGGACACCUGUGAGGUAAAGGACUGCCCCCGGCAGACAUCCACACAGAUGCAGAAACAUCUGUCAAAGGAAGGUGUACUCGACUUCUUAUCUGUUCCCAGAACUCAAAGAGAUCUUUGUUUCUGGGUUUCAGAGAUUACUCUUAAGGAACCGAUUGUUUGAAAGAAGAAAAAAAAAUGAAGGCACUAUAAAGAGAUUGCAUACCAGACAACAGCACUAUCUGUAGUCCGAUAGAUGUUAGAUACUUCAUUUUGAUGUACGUACGUUUGUGAAAAAAAAAAAAUAAUAAUCUAUUUGAAUAGGAGCUAUAUUGUUUCAGUGGUAGUUAAGUCAUUCAGAGGUUUACGACACUGGUGUAACCUUCAUCAGCAUAUAGUAUAUAAGUAAUAGUGAGGACGACGACAAACGGUGGAGUAGACUGAGAUUAUUCAAUAGUUUUUUAUAAGAUUUCUUUCAAAAAUGUGAAGUUUCUUUUGCAUAGUGCCAAGCUUCCAGGGUAUUUAUUUUGAUAAUGUGUGCCAAUUGUGUUUUGCAUUGAGAAGGGCAGCGAGUGUGUGUGUGUGUGUGUGUGUGUGUGACAAAGUGUGUGUGACAAAGUGUGUGUGUGUCUUUAUUUGGAUCUAAAGAGUGUGUGUGAAAACAUUGCAUCCUGCGACGGGACACAAUAUAAU